AUGAAGCUGGUCCACAUCUGGCUGCUGCUGCUGGUGGUUUUGCUCUGUGGGAGGAAACAUCUGGGCAGCAGACUGGACAAGAGGCCUUUCGAGAAGGGCCCCUGCCCUGGCUGUUCCCAUCUGACCCUGAAGGUGGAAUUCUCCUCCACUGUGGUGGAAUAUGAGUACAUUGUGGCCUUCAACGGGUACUUUACCGCCAAGGCUCGGAACUCCUUCAUCUCCAGCGCUCUGAGGAGCAGCGAGGUCGACAACUGGAGGAUUCUCCCUCGAAGCAACCCAUCCAGCGACUACCCCAGUGAUUUUGAGGUGAUUCAGAUCAAAGAGAAGCAGAAGGCGGGGCUGCUGACCCUCGAGGGCCACCCGAACAUCAAACGCGUCACCCCCCAGCGCAAAGUCUUCCGCUCCCUCAAGUAUGCGGAAUCUGAGCCCAUUGUGCCCUGCAAUGAUACCAGAUGGAGCCAGAAAUGGCAGUCGUCCCGUCCUCUUCGGAGAGCCAGCCUCUCCCUGGGCUCUGGAUUCUGGCACGCCACUGGCAGACACUCCAGCAGACGGCUGCUGAGGGCCAUCCCUCGGCAGGUCGCCCAGACGCUGCAGGCCGAUGUGCUUUGGCAGAUGGGGUACACAGGUGCCAGCGUCCGCGUGGCUGUCUUUGACACUGGGCUGAGCGAGAAGCAUCCGCACUUCAAGAACGUGAAGGAGAGGACCAACUGGACCAACGAGCGGACGCUCGAUGACGGGCUGGGCCACGGCACGUUUGUGGCUGGUGUGAUUGCCAGCAUGCGGGAGUGCCAGGGCUUUGCUCCGGACGCGGAGCUCCACAUCUUCAGGGUCUUUACCAAUAAUCAGGUGUCCUACACGUCGUGGUUCCUGGAUGCCUUCAACUACGCCAUCCUGAAGAAGAUUGAUGUACUCAACCUCAGCAUCGGGGGCCCCGACUUCAUGGACCACCCCUUCGUCGACAAGGUGUGGGAGUUAACGGCAAACAACGUCAUCAUGGUCUCUGCUAUUGGCAACGACGGGCCCCUUUAUGGCACUCUCAACAACCCUGCUGACCAGAUGGAUGUGAUUGGAGUCGGGGGCAUUGACUUUGAAGACAAUAUUGCCCGCUUUUCCUCCAGGGGCAUGACGACCUGGGAACUGCCAGGGGGUUACGGUCGUGUGAAGCCUGACAUCGUCACCUAUGGUGCCGGAGUGCGGGGCUCGGGGGUGAAAGGAGGCUGCCGGGCCCUCUCGGGGACCAGCGUGGCUUCUCCCGUGGUAGCAGGUGCUGUCACCUUGCUCGUCAGCACAGUCCAGAAACGGGAGCUGGUAAACCCGGCCAGCGUGAAGCAGGCCCUCAUCGCGUCCGCCCGCAGGCUUCCUGGCGUCAACAUGUUCGAGCAGGGUCAUGGCAAGCUGGACCUUCUGAGAGCCUACCAGAUCCUCAACAGCUACAGGCCCCAGGCCAGCUUGAGCCCCAGCUACAUCGACCUGACCGAGUGCCCUUACAUGUGGCCCUACUGCUCCCAGCCCAUCUACUAUGGAGGGAUGCCCACGAUCGUCAACGUCACCAUCCUCAACGGCAUGGGGGUCACCGGCAGGAUCGUCGACAAGCCUGACUGGCAGCCGUAUUUGCCACAGAAUGGAGACAACAUCGAAGUGGCUUUCUCUUACUCCCCGGUGCUGUGGCCUUGGUCCGGCUACCUGGCCAUUUCCAUUUCUGUCACCAAGAAAGCGGCUUCCUGGGAGGGCAUCGCUCAGGGCCAUGUCAUGAUCACCGUGUCCUCGCCAGCAGAGAUGGAGGCCAAGAGCGGCGCGGAGCAGACCUCCACCGUGAAGCUGCCCAUCAAGGUGAGGAUCAUCCCCACCCCCCCACGGAGCAAGCGCGUGCUCUGGGACCAGUACCACAACCUCCGCUACCCGCCCGGCUACUUCCCCAGGGACAACCUGCGCAUGAAGAAUGACCCCCUGGACUGGAAUGGCGACCACAUCCACACCAACUUCAGGGACAUGUACCAGCACUUGAGAAGUAUGGGCUACUUUGUCGAGGUCCUUGGCUCACCCUUCACGUGCUUCGAUGCCAGUCAGUACGGAACGCUGCUGAUGGUGGACAGCGAGGAGGAGUACUUCCCCGAGGAGAUUGCCAAACUGAGGAGGGACGUGGAGCACGGGCUCUCGCUCAUUGUCGUCAGUGACUGGUACAACGCCUCGGUCAUGAGAAAAGUCAAGUUUUACGAUGAAAACACAAGACAGUGGUGGAUGCCCGACACGGGGGGUGCCAACGUCCCUGCCCUCAACGAGCUGCUUUCGGUCUGGAACAUGGCCUUCAGUGACGGCCUGUACGAGGGGGACUUCACCUUGGCAAACCAUGAGAUGUAUUACGCCUCUGGCUGCAGCAUCGCCAAGUUCCCAGAAGAUGGCGUUGUCAUCAUGCAGACCUUUAAGGACCAAGGGUUGGAGGUGUUGAAGCAGGAGACGGCGGUGGUGGAGAACGUCCCCAUUCUGGGCCUCUAUCAGACUCCAGCUGAGGGCGGUGGCCGAAUUGUGCUGUACGGAGACUCUAACUGCCUGGAUGACAGUCACCGGCAGAAAGACUGCUUUUGGCUGCUGGACGCACUCCUUCAGUUCACAUCCUACGGGGUAACCCCUCCCAGCCUCAGCCACUCUGGAAACAGACAGCGGCCACCAAGUGGAGUGGGCACCGUCACCCCGGAGAGGAUGGAAGGGAACCACCUGCACCGCUACUCCAAGGUCCUCGAGGCCCACCUGGGAGACCCGAAGCCUCGGGCACUGCCCGCCUGCCCACACCUGUCCUGGGCCAAGCCACAGCCCGUGAACGAGACGGCUCCCAGCAACCUUUGGAAACAUCAAAAGUUGCUGUCCAUUGACCUGGACAAGGUGGCACUGCCCAACUUCCGGUCCAACCGCCCUCAAGUCCGGCCCUUGUCUCCGGGGGAGAGUGGAGCCUGGGACAUUCCUGGGGGGAUCAUGCCUGGUCGCUACAACCAGGAGGUGGGCCAGACCAUUCCUGUCUUUGCUUUCCUGGGCGCCAUGGUGGUUCUGGCCUUCUUCGUGGUCCAGAUCAACAAGGCCAAGAGCAGGCCCAAGCGGAGGAAGCCCCGGGUGAAGCGCCCCCAGCUCAUGCAGCAGGUGCACCCCCCGAAGACCCCAUCUGUGUGA